AUGGCGCGCGACCCGGCGUCCGGCAUACGUCUCACGAGCCACCGGCGCACGGCGUGCGUGUCUUGCAUAAAGGGCAAGCAGACGCGCAAGGCGCAGCCAAAGCAAGACAGCGGCGUGAUCUGUUUGAAUCUGAAGGGUCUGAUGACGCCUCAAGAGCACCUCAAGAAUCGAUAG